CUUCAGUCGAGAUUAUACUACUACGCCGUUGUAGUCAUGAAGAGGGAUACAGUAAUGCAACGUCAAAUCUGCAGAAAGUAGCCGGAGACACGGAUCUCAACAUUUGACUAAUGUUUUGCUUUUCUUGGAGUUGUGGCAGAUGAAAACACGCUUUUCCAUUCUACAUAAUGAUUACACGUGGUUGUGCAAUUCGGUCUAUGGACGUGUUAAUCUUUUCACUCAAUAAAUGUUUGAUGAGAUUAGAGGCAGCAGCAGCAGCAUGUGUCUUCACCCAUGUGCUUCGUUCUGUACCUAAUAAGCCAAACCCCAGGGAGGUUGAAAUGUAGGUAGCCACUCAGAGUGCCCUAUCUCUUUCUAGGCCUGAUGACAAAUCUGGUGCUAAGGGGCAGCUGGAUAUUUGAUAUGAGGACAGAUUUACUCCACUAUUCCAUGUGUUUCACAUCAUUAUUUCUGUAUCUGCUGAUCAUGUUGACAAGACAGAUCAAGUGUGUAUCAAUAUGCAGCAGAGAGAGUGUGGAGAUGGUGGAAAAGAUUGCAGUGGAGCUGAGCAAAGUGGACAACGAUUGCAUGCUGUACACACCAACUGUAGCUGUAGCAGAUUAUGAGCAGAACUGCUCCAGGUCCACGCUUGCGUGUUAUGCAUUGGAACUGAAUGUUUUGUUUGUUGAAAUCCAGAGUGUGGCCAAGUUGUCUCAGAAACUACUAAGGCUUCUCAAUAAACUAAAAUAUAAGUUACAGGACAAGAUGAAGUCAUGCCCAGAGUGUGAGCUCUACCAAGAACAAAGAGCAGGUACUUUUUUGGAAGAAUUACAAAACUUUUUACAAAUGAUGAAUGCUGGAAAAAGUUGCGCUCCGAGGACCGUUAAGAGACAUUUAGAGAACUUGAUGGAAAAAAACAUGAAGAACAUGAUCUGAAGGAGCAGCUCUGUGGAUCCCUGAAGCGGUUCUGGAGAAGUUUCUGAAUGGCGAAACAGACACCAUUAUACUAAGCUACUACCUACAGUACAUAUCCAUCUGUAUCCAAAACAUGCAAAGAUAUAUUUUCUUAAAUAAAUUACUUUUAUGGAA